CGCGCUUUAUCUUGUGACAGAGAGGUCAAGGUACUCGUUGGGACGAGCGCGAUUGACAGGCAGUGGCAAAGAACCCAAUGUGAGUGAAUUACUUAUCGUCGAGGCUGCUGGGAGUUGUCCGAUGUCCUCACCUCGUCCCAAGAUGGACUCUGUACCAGCACCAAACGGAGAGAGCUUGCCGUUGAAGGGCCCAGCCACCGAAGUGGAAACAAUAAAUACUAUGGCUGCCGGAAAAGAUACACAGGAAGAGAAUGGAAAUGGGAAGGCGAAUGGAACCGAGAAUCUGGAAGAAACAGUUGUUGCGUUAGCGGAGGAAGUAUCGCAGUCUGAAUAUGAGACGGAUAGUGAUGAAUCAGGAGAAUGGGAAACUCAGUCUCUUUACGAAGAUGCUCUCCAGAUACUGCAUGGCGAUCAGCUUCGGGAUGGAUCAGUUCCGGAUGCCUGCACCUUCGACGAAGCAAUUACUUUCCGGCGACGGCUUCAUGAGAUAGGGAAGGCUGCGUUCGUUGAAGAGACAAUUGGUCGGGAGACUAUUUCUGCAAAGAAAUUGUGCACUGCGUUCGGGAUUCUACCACCAGCGUUUCUCGAAGGUGCUCCGGACCAGGCCUAUCACCCUCUGCUGGCGAUUGCCAUCUCUCGCGAAUUCUCUAGGCGUCAGAAACUCCCCCGGUACAAUUCUGUUACUGAUGCUGUGAAAUUACUCCGAGAGUCCAAGAAUAUCAUUGUUUUGACAGGAGCUGGUAUUUCAACAAGUCUUGGGAUUCCCGACUUUCGUUCCAAGGAUACUGGGCUGUAUUCAAAGCUGGAACAUCUGGGUUUGAGUGAUCCUCAAGAAGUCUUUGACAUCCAUGUCUUUCGCGAAGACCCCAGCAUCUUCUUUUCGGUUGCGAAAGACAUACUCCCCACCGAGAAGAAAUUUUCUCCAACCCAUGCCUUCAUCCGACUUCUCCAGGACAAGGGGAAGCUCCUGACCAACUACACUCAGAACAUUGACAACAUCGAGGCGAAUGCAGGGGUUCUACCAGAGAGGAUUGUACAGUGUCAUGGCUCGUUCGCGAGUGCUACAUGUGUGAAAUGUCAGUACAAAGUCCAAGGUGACUCUAUAUUCGAAGAAAUCAAGAAGGGGGCUAUCCCCGAAUGUCCCGCCUGCAAGAAGAGGCUGGCACAGGAGGCGUUGGAGCCACAUGGGAUGAAGCGGAAACGAAGUUCGAAUGGCACUAGUAAAGGCAAGCAUCACGAUUCAGAGGAAAACUCGGAUGAGGAGGACUACGAAAUUCCAGCCCCUGGAGUGAUGAAGCCCGAUAUCACAUUCUUCGGAGAAGAUCUCCCAGAUGAAUUCGGGCACCGCCUUUUCCACCACGACCGCGACCGUGCCGACUUGGUUAUUGUCAUCGGAACCUCUUUGAAAGUGGCACCUGUGGCAGAAGUACCCGGUGUGCUCCCACCUCACGUCCCCCAGAUCUUCAUUUCACGCGCUCCUGUGUCUCAUGUGGGCUUCGAUAUCGAGUUGUUAGGCGACUGUGACAUUGUAGUCUCAGAAUUAUGCCGUCAAGCUGGUUGGAACCUGAAGCAUGAAAUGAUUCCCCCGGACGAGAAAGUUGAAGUCAAGCCAGUAGAAGGAUACGAGUCACGACAUGUUUUUAAGAGGGUUGAAGCAUAGACUUGGCGUUUUCUUUUUGUGGUAUUGGUACAUGGCUCCGGUUGUGGCUUUUCUUUCUGUUCUGGAAUGGCGUCACUUGCAUAGGUCUAUUCCCAUGAGGGUAUGUGUGGUUAUCUAGGACAGCACAGUUGUAUUGCCAUUGAUGGACAUGUGUCUUUUCUCUUUUUUGUCAUGGACGAGUGGUUGUUGUUGUUGCUGUUGUUGUGUUCUAGCUGAAUGACUUGGGCUAUGGAUUUGCCCAGGCGUGCAACCGGUUGUCUCUUCGAUAAAUCUCUGUCUCCGUCUUUCAUGAACGCAUGCUCUGUAAAUACAUCUGAAAUCAGUGGAGAACUACUUAUGAUACUCUAUAUGUUGUUAUAGUAUAUAUGUGUUGGAUAACAUAAUUCAGAACGAACUGGAGUUCGGUUGGCC